AUGGUCCUCGAUGCCCUAGCUGAACCAGUCCCGCCUUUCCUCAAAGAUGCCCGGCGCACUCUGACAGAAUCCCGCGAUCGGGAUCUUAGGUGGAGAGUAGAAUGUGGCGACAGUGACUUGAAAUGGGCUACAACCCUCGGGCGUCUAGGGUACCCAGAAUUUGAGUCUAAAACUCCAGAUCCAACGUCUCUCGUCAAAGAACUAUCGAGAUAUGCCGAUAAAGAAGAUUCUCUGGACCUUCGAGAUUUUCAAGGGCUUUUCUUCUCCAGAUACUGGUCUCGCAAAAAUAGCAGACACUACAGUUACCGGAAUGCGUACUACUUGCUACCUGGCACUACGGGCUCACCUGAAUCCGGAUUUUGUGCUUCGAAGGGUAACCCCGUGGCUAUAACACUAUAUGAUGGUGAAUAUAGCACUAUGCUUGCGGAUCGAUUUCUCGUUCUUUGCAGCUCCUUCUUUGCAGCCAAGUCUCUUGAACAGGCUGCAGAAAAGGUAUCACAGGAGGCGGGCUGUGGUCUUACUCUUGACGACAUAGAAACGAGAGCAGGGAUAUUACUACAUGAACUCAUGCAUAUAUCAACGCAUGAUCGGCCUCGGGCACGAAGUCGCAGUGAGCACAACGGCUCUAUGAUCUUGAAACCCUUGCUAACUCAGUAG